AGACUGGGAUUCACACUCCGAACCCCACUCUCUCACACACUGCAACAAACCAAAGAAAAAGAAAAGCGAGAGCUUCAUUCCGUUUCCGAAACGAAGCAUUAGGGUUAGGGUUAGGGUUAGGGUUUUUCUGAUCUCAAUCAAUGGCGGAGGAACCGGAGAGCACCGUCACCACCGGCGCCCCCGCCGAAUCGCUGCUCGAUAAGAUUAGCGAGAAGCUUCACGGCCAUGAUUCAUCAUCUUCUUCUUCUUCUUCCGAUUCCGAUUCCGAUUCCGAAAAAACCGUUACUUCCUCUGUUAAGGAUAAGGUCUUUCGCCUUUUCGGAAGGGAGAGACCCGUUCAUUCCGUUUUCGGCGCCGGAAAACCUGCUGACGUGUUAUUGUGGAGGAACAAGAAAAUAUCUGCUGGCGUACUUGGCGGAGCUACUGCUGUUUGGGUUCUAUUUGAGUUGCUUGAAUAUCACCUUCUUACUCUGGUGUCUCACAUUCUGAUACUGUUGCUCGCUGUUCUGUUCUUGUGGUCCAAUGCGCAUACUUUUAUUCACAAAUCUCCACCUCGCAUUCCAGAAGUUCACCUUCCUCAGGAGCCAUUCCUGCAAGUUGCAUCCGCGUUGCUUGCUGAAAUCAACCGGGGAUUUGCUGUUUUGCAUAAUAUUGGUUCUGGAAGAGAUUUGAAGAAAUUCCUAGUGGUUAUUGCUGGCGUAUGGAUCCUGUCAAUUUUGGGGAACUGGUGCAAUUUCUUGACAUUGUUCUACAUAACUUUUAUCUUGUUGCACACGGUUCCUGUGCUAUAUGAGAAGUACGAGGAUAAGAUAGACCCACUUGCAGAGAAGGCAGUUUUUGAGAUUAAAAAGCAGUAUGUUGUGUUUGAUGCUAAGGUCUUGAGUAAGAUCCCAGCGGGUCCAUUGAAAGGCAAGAAGUUAGCUUAAUGAGAUAGUCUUUGUAAUCUCAGAAAGAGAAGGAGCUCCACUUGUUUGUUCAUGGAAGUUGUCAGGGAUCAGUUUCUUUUAUCAAAUGUCAAUUUUUUUGCUAUGUUUGGGUUGGUGUUAGGCUGGUAUGAUGUCAAUGGCAAUGGUUUUUGUUUAUCUUCAAAUUGUAGUGUCUGACUAUGCAAGUAUAUGGAUUUUACUGGUUUUUUGAAGGUUUGUACGAGUUCAAACGAUGAUCGUUACUGUAAGAUAAAAUAUUUCCAUGCUGCCUUUUAUUUUUAGGUAGCAAGCGAUAUGCCUA